CCUCAGCAAGUUCAAGAACAAGGUGAGUAUAGCUCAAUUUAUGUUAGUACAGGUGUCUGAGGUGCUGAAACACUGUUUGCAGGCGUACCUCUUCUCUCCGGUCAAUAAUGUGAGUAAUUCCUCGGAGUUGAUGGGGUCGGUUCGAGGGGAUGGGGAAGAGCUGGGCUGUGUAGUGGCAGAGAGCAACGGGACGAGGCACAGGAGGGGAAGGGGCUGCAGAAUGCUUUGAAAGGGCCGUGUGAGUGAUAGGACAAUCCGCUAACAUUGAGUUCCUGCAGCAUUCACAAUGGCCCAACGCGUCACGCUCCGCAAGCGCAACCCUUACAACACCACCUCCAACCGCCGACGGGUUGUGAAGACGCCAGGUGGCAAGCUUGUCUACCACCACAUUAAAAAGCUUGCGACCGCCCCCAAGUGCGGAGACUGUGGCAUCGCGCUGCCGGGUAUUAUUGCUCUCCGGCCUCGCCAGUACGCGACAGUAUCGAAGACGAAGAAGACCGUGCGCAGGGCAUACGGUGGCUCGAGAUGCGGUGACUGCGUCAGGCAGCGCAUCCUCCGGGCAUUCCUCGUCGAGGAGGCAAAGAUCGUCAAGAAGGUGAUCAAGUCGCAACAGAAGCCGGGCAGGAAGUAGAGCGCCCUCUCCCUCCUCUGCUCUGGUGUGCGGUGCCGCGGGGCCCUUGUACGGAUGGCUGGGACGCCCUCCGCGCGUGUUGUGAUGAUGCCCUUCUCGUUUCCUGCGCUAUGCAUACAUGUAUACUGCCUACCCAUGACCAAGAAAACAUUGACCGAUGAGGUCAGUAUGCAUGGUACACCCACUUUGCUCCUUCAGUCAGUGUCGACUACCACUGUGCCCUGCCGCCCGACCAUAUAGUCCGCUUUAGCUCAGUCUGGAGAUGCGACCCAACUCUAAGGACCGCGGUAAUCGAUUGGGACCGGCG